AUGUCCUCUCCUCUGCGAGCCAGAACUUCCAACGAGGUUGAUCCGUACAGUGCAUCACAUAUCUAUUAUGGCCCAGAUGCUCACACUGGCCUCAAGGGCCACAACCACUUCAGAACGCGGACCUACUCUACUAAUCAAAGUGCUACAAAAUCCAUUGAUCGCUCACAGCUGAAAAUGCCCAUUCGGCGUGGCAGUCAUGAUGAUUACACCACGGUCCCAAACCAGUUUCUUAUUCAUGUCGAACGCACGAUCCAGGAGUUAGAGGCACAAGAGGACACCGAUGGUAAUUACCAAAUCACCGUCGAGGAUCUGGGUCCAAAGGUCUUCAAUCUAGGCACGGCUUCUUCAAAUGGCUUCAAGAAGAGAGAACUUCGCGGAACCUACGUCCUCUCGAAUCUGCUACAGGAGCUGUAUCUUGCUCGAGAGUACGGCAAAUCCCACAUUUUCCUGGACGAAAGCCGAUUGAACGAAAAUCCUGUCAACAGACUUUCGCGGUUGAUUAGAGAGGAGUUCUGGAAGAAUCUUACAAGAGUCAUUGAUGGUUCCGUCAUCGAAAUUGCAGGCAGGGAUCCCAAAGAUUGGACUGAGGAUCCACGCCCGCGUAUCUACAUCCCACAUCGUUGUCCAGAGCAACUUGCCUACUAUACCCAGGUCGCCAUAGACAGGCCAGAGAUUCGUUUGGAUGUAUGUUUGCUGCCAGAGAAAAUCACUCCUGAAUACGUUCAGGGUCUCAAUGCUAAGCCUGGUCUCUUGGCUGUCGAUAUGGAAGAAGUCGAAGAUCCAAGGACUGGCAAGAAGGUGUUGAAGGGUCGUCCGUUCGUCGUUCCAGGUGGCCGAUUCAAUGAGCUGUACGGUUGGGAUUCAUACAUGGAGUCUUUGGGUCUCAUUGCUAACAAGAAGGGACACCUUGCAAAAUCGAUGGUCCAGAACUUCGUCUUCUGCAUCAAACACUAUGGCAAAAUACUCAAUGCCACCAGAUCGUACUAUUUGUCACGAUCUCAACCGCCAUUUCUCACUGAUAUGAUUCUGCGAGUCUACGAGGUCAUCAAACAUGAAGCUGGUGCGGAAGAGUUCUUGCGACAAGGUGCCUUAGCUGCCAUCAAGGAGUAUAAUAGCGUUUGGACUGCCCACCCACGGUUGGAUCCAACAACCGGUCUUAGCAGAUACCGUCCAGAAGGUCUUGGCGUUCCUCCAGAGACGGAAUCUUCUCAUUUCGAGCAUAUUUUGGAACCAUAUGCAAGAAAGAAUGGUAUUACAUUCCAGGACUUUGUUAAGGCUUACAACGACGGUUCAAUCAAAGAGCCAGAGCUCGACGAGUAUUUCCUGCAUGAUCGAGCUGUCCGCGAAUCAGGGCAUGAUACUUCAUACCGUUUAGAGAAGGUCUGUGCGAAUCUAGCAACCAUCGAUCUGAAUUCUCUGUUGUACAAAUACGAGAAGGAUCUGUCCACCAUCAUCCGAACUUAUUUCAAGGAUGGCUUAAAAAUCCCAGAUGAUUGGCUUUCCGGAAAUAUGAAAUCGGGCCAUCUUGAGACUUCGUCAAUCUGGGAUAGACGCUCGAAGCACCGCAAGGCAGCCAUUGACAAGUACCUUUGGAAUCAAGAGAAGGGUAUGUACUUCGAUUACGAUACUGUCAAAAAGGAGCAGUGCACAUAUGAGAGUUGCACUACAUUCUGGGCUCUCUGGUCUGGAGUUGCAUCACCAGGUCAAGCUGCUCGCCUUGUCGAUACCGCCCUCCCACUUUUCGAAGAGAAGGGUGGUUUGUCAUCGGGUACCGAGAAAUCUCGCGGUGUUGUUGGUCUUGAUCGGCCAAAUAGACAAUGGGACUAUCCUUAUGGAUGGGCUCCUCAGCAGAUGAUGGCCUGGGGUGGUCUUCAACGAUACGGAUAUCUUGAGGAGGUUGAACGUAUCGCCUACAAGUGGCUUUUCAUGAUGACAAAAGCUUUUGUUGAUUUCAAUGGCGUUGUCGUUGAGAAGUACGACGUUACUCGCAGUGUCGACCCCCAUCGAGUUGAUGCCGAGUAUGGAAAUCAAGGUCUUGAUUUUAAGGGCGUUGCCAAAGAGGGAUUUGGAUGGGUUAACGCCUCUUAUGUUUACGGUCUCCAAAUGCUGGAAGCUGGACCCACACGAGCUCUUGGCUUGCUUACUCCUUGGGAGGAGUAUGCGAAAUCUCGUGGCCUGCACGGCCAUCCCCUGAUGACUGUCCGUGAGAACUAA